AUGUCGCUCUAUUACGAGGCCGCUGAUAUUCUAUCGGCGUCUUUGUCUGGCAAGGGCUCCAUACAAUCACUGGUGUAUAGUAACAAGACGCUGAAAAACAAGCCGGGUCACUUGUUUGCGUUGCUAAGUGAAGCGUCAAAAUGGUCCCCUGUGCUCAAGGAUAUCAUUAAUCAGAGUGGAGUUCUAGCGAUCGAGAAGAAGCUUACACCUACCCUCGCACUGCUACUCUGUCAUGACCUUUUACUCUCGAAAUCCGGUAUCGCUGCGCCCUCGGCCCAUCCGCUUCGACUCUCCAUAUCACGUCAUAAAGCUAGACUCUCGGCUGAGUUGACGAAGAUCCGUAUCAAGCGUGGAUAUGGCUCUCUAGACGAGCUCAAAGCUUCGAUCGAGAGCCUGUCCUCUGAAGGCAACAAGCGGAUACGGUGGGUUAGGGUCAAUACCCUCAAAAUCAGUCUGGAUGAUUUAUCUGCAACAUUACUGCAUGGAUACAAGCAUACCACUUCAUUGCAAGAGAUAUCCGAUGCUUCGUCAGAUGACAAGCUGUACUAUGUGGACGCUCAUAUUCCAAAUCUGCUCGCAUUGCCUUCUACAGCGAAUCUCUUGAAGUCUACUGCUUACGCACAGGGACAAAUCAUAUUGCAAGACAAAGCUUCAUGCUUCCCAGCAGUACUAAUGGGGGUGCGCCCUGGCGAAACAAUCGUAGAUGCGUGUGCUGCUCCAGGAAACAAAACGACGCAGCUCGCCGCUUCUUGUGGAGACAGCUCGGCUCGAGUGAUUGCAUUUGAGAAGGACAAACUGCGAGCAUUGACUUUACGGAAGAUGGUGGAGCGGGCUGGAGCUCAGCAUAUAGUCUCAAUAAAUGGGGGCCAAGACUUUCUUGCAUGCGAUCCCGAAUCCGACCAGCUUCGAACAGUCACUGGUCUGUUGCUAGAUCCCAGUUGUUCCGGAAGUGGCAUUAUUGGACGAGAUGAUAUUGCAACCGUCGAAUUGCCCGGGUCUCCCACGGCAGUAGACCAGACACAUAUUGCACCCUCUCGCAAACGAAAGCGAGGACCAAGCAAAGACACGGCAUCGAUUCCCUCCCAAAUACAGAUCCAGGACUCUCCUGACGCCAGCUUGGUUGAGGCAGAGCCAAUAAUGGCGGACGAUCUCAAAUCCAGAUUACAGGGACUCGCGAAGUUUCAGUUGGAAAUUAUAAAACACGCGAUGAGCUUUCCGGCUGCAACAAAGAUCACAUACUCCACCUGCUCCAUUCAUGCUACAGAAAACGAAGAGGUGGUGUUCGGGGCACUUGCAUCAGGCAUUGCUCGCGAGCGAGGCUGGAGAAUCUGGACUCGAGAGGAACAGGUAUCGGGAAUUGCUACUUGGCCUAGGCGAGGGUCUCAAGAGGCGGUUGAGGCUAGCAUUAAGGCGCACCAGGGUUAUGACCAAGAUCCGAUCGAAUUAGCUGAAGCAUGCAUUCGAUGUUGCAAAGGCACAGACGAGGGAACUAUGGGAUUCUUUCUCGUGGGAUUCCUCAGGGAUGGCGGAGAAUCACCAGAAGAAGAGCAGGAUGAAUGGAACGGUUUUUCUGAUGACGAGGUAUAA